ACAAUGUUUACUCAUUCUUCCAGUGUUACCAUGGUGACCAACAAUGCACGCCAUCAGCUUGUUUCAUUUGUUCAUGUCAAAGGGACACACACGCACGCGCGCGCGCGCACACACAAUGACAGAUGCAUGUCGGGAGGAGGAGUCUGUGAGGAACAAGUGUCACAGCCUUGCUUUCUGGACAUACACUACACUUCCCAUCAUGCCCCGCGCCUUUUCUUCCCUCCCUCCAUCCUUCCUUCCUUCCUUCCUUCCUUCCUUCCUGCUACCGUCCAACAGAAAGAUGUCGAGCGGCCCAGAGACUCCGAAGCGAACCUGAACAGAAACAUCUUCCAGCAGAAUGGCGGCAUUGCGGCGGCUGGCGGGGCGGAAGCCUAUCUCAGCGUCUCUUUCUCGGCCUUGAACCACACACAAGCGCCGCUGGAGCUUCGGAGUACUGAACCGAACCGAACCGAGUCGAGCUGAGCAGAGCCUCCGUCCCGCCAGUGAUGGCCAGCGGUUUGCAGGACUGAAGCGUCCCUGAAAGCAGACCUGAUCCACGUCCACCUUCAGGUUCAUCAGUCAGCUGCAAUCCAGAUCGGAUCCAGGUUUGGUCACCCUAAUCAACAAUCUGAUCGAUGUUUGCAGCGUCAUGGAGCGCUCCGGCAGCAUUCAACUGGACAUUCCGGACUUCAGCAAUUCAGUUCUGUCCCACCUGAACCAGCUACGGGCCCAAGGGCGCUUGUGCGAUAUCGUGGUCCAUGUUCAGGGUCAGAGCUUCCGGGCCCACAAGGUGGUACUGGCUGCAAGCUCGCCAUAUUUCCGAGAUCACAUGGCCCUGAGCCAGAUGAGCACAGUGUCGUUGACAGUGAUCCGAAAUCCAUCGGUAUUCGAGCAGCUGCUGGGAUUCUGCUACACGGGUCGCCUGAGCCUGCAGCUGUGUGACAUCAUCAGCUACCUGACAGCCGCCAGCUUCCUGCAAAUGCAGGACGUCAUCGACCGCUGCACGCACAUCCUGGAAGGAAUCCACCUCAAGAUCAGUGUGGCCGACCCGGACCAGCGUACCGCAGACCAGGAUGCGGUGUCACCACGCCCCCGAACCCUGGAGGCACCGGUCAGAGGAGCCCGUCAGGCUGGACCGCCACCACCGCUAGGCUCAAGCGCCGAGGCAGCCAGCCCCGGCGAGGAAACACUCAGCCCGACGCUUGGACCUGGCGGGCUGGAGCAGCCCGCGGCCUCAGGUAGCCGGGCUCCCAAAGAACCCAUUCUUCGCAUCAACCGGGCGGGCCAGUGGUACAUGGAGACUGGCGGCGAGGUGGACGAGGGCGCCACUGUGGAUGGAGUCAGGAUCAAGACUGAGCGGACGGAGCAGUGGAUUGGAACGGGUCGUGACCGGGAGGUGGCGAGCCUGUCUGAGGGGGGCAGUGCCAUGACGAUUGACGUGUCGGGACACGGCACACUGGUGCCAGGAAGCUGCGCCAUACGACCGUCCAGCAGUGUCGGUGACACUGACAGGUUCAGCCCCACGGGGAGCGUCCUUGUCCUUGCUGACCAUCAAAGAGCCAAGAGCGAAUCUCCAAGCAGAACCGAUGACCCAGGACACGCCAGCUCCCUGGGCGAGGAGCCGGCGGCUUACGAGGACUACGUGAGGGAUCAGGCGGGUGACCGCUGGUUCCGGUACAACCCGAGGCUGACGUGCAUCUACUGCUGCAAGUCCUUCAACCAAAAAGGAAGCCUGGAUCGCCACAUGCGCCUGCACAUGGGCAUCACGCCGUUUGUGUGCCGCCUGUGUGGGAAGAAGUACACCCGCAAGGACCAGCUGGAAUACCACAUUCGGAAGCACACGGGCAACAAGCCCUUUACGUGCCGCCUGUGCGCCAAGAGCUUCCCCUUCCAGGCCAUCCUCAACCAGCACCUGCGCAAGAACCAUCCGGGCCACGACACCCACAGCGCCUCCCCCGAGACCACCACUGCCUCUCUCACAUCCCGGGGAGGCCCCAGUGACGACGCCUCUCCUGGCGAGGAGGAGCCUGAAGGCGGUGGCGGGAGUGGGGCGGCGUACGUUGAGGGUCCCCACGCGUCAGUCUCCACCACGGGGCCCGACUGAGACAGUUGGCGCCAGGGUCCUCCGUUUAUUUUAUCUGACACCACUUCAGCCAAUCACGUCCUUCCUCUCUGCCUCCUGACAAUCAGCCUGAAUGACGCUCCCGAACGCACCGAAUCAAUGAAGUGAUUUCAUUUGAAGCCAAUGCGUUGAUCCACGGUUCAAACCUUAUUACACACUUGGGAGUGGUGGCAAGAUUUGACAUCCGAUGUUACAUCACAAGACCUCCUUCAGGCGCACUCUGACCUACCCCGGAACCGUUGUUGGUCCCUCCGGAUUUGGUCUUUGAAUCGUCGUCACACCGCAGCAAAGAAUCGUUGAGUUCGGGUCUCAACGGACAAACCUCAGAUAAGCUAAGCAGCUCAGUUACCUCUCGUCGCCAUGUAAUACACCACCCGGGGAGCGCUUCAUCCUUUUUUUUUUGUUUCGGUUCUGACUUCCUGGAUCAAGAAUUAAAGCAAAGAGGCGACAUUUAGUACAUCGGUCAAAGACAAAAAUGAAAAACAAAAUUUGCUCGUAUACAAGCUCUUAUAUUUUUUAGUGUGUGUCACUAACAACUCCGCUAAUAUUGAAAAUAAUCACUUAUGAUCAAAUGAAGCUAACCACUCACUGGCCAGAACACAGCUAGUCAGUGCUAAUGAACAAAAUGUCGUCUCAUUAACUCAGACCUGCUGUUGCACUUAUGAAGGUGCCACAUUCAAUGGACCCAGGAUCUCCCAAUACGUAUACCUGAGGUCAAAGUUCACCUGCUACCACUUCAAAGAUGGCCUCCAAACAACUUGAGCACUUAAAGUUUUGGUAAAACAAACAAAAAAAGAAAACAAGACGACUCGCGUGUGAACCACAUUCUUGUUUUUUAUGCAAACCGCUCCAGUCUCCAUCGGGUAGACCAGGACUCGCGCACGUAGCAGCAAGCUAAGGCUAGCAAACGUUACUUGUACAAAACCACAUCACCUCAACCUAAUUGGCUGAGCCACACAGGGCCCGCCUCUCCACGACACUUUACCUCACCUGAUCCCGGUCCGAGUUCACCCCACCUGUGAGAAUCGGAUCUGGAUUGAUCGAACAGGAAUGCUAAUUUAUGAACAAUAAACAUAGAUCUAGAAUGUUCUUAGAUCACGUCUUUCAGGUUCUACCACCAAGACUCGGACUCGUCCUCUUCUUCUUCUGUGGUACCUCACUUCAUCAUCCUCUGACCUCUGACCUUCAUGGUGUCUGACUUGUUUCCUGAAGGUCACAGACUUUUUUAACCGACUGACUGGUUUAAACCGCUUAAGGAGGAUGGAUUAGGAACAUUUUUAACAAGCAGGAAGUGAAGGUUUGAUGUCACACGCUCACGUCGGAGGGAGCAGAGCCAAACGUCAACUGCUUCUUUCACUCAAGAAAAUAAAAACCUGACUG